AUGGCCGAACAAGAACAACAAGAACUCCACCAUGGCCUUCGAGUUUUGCCUCCAGCAGCUGGAUAUGGAAUUGUCAUUGGCAUAGGAAGUUUUUUCGCCAUUGUCAUGUUGUGUAUUACAUGGAUGCAAAAUCGUUAUACCCGAUUCUCCACCCACCAAUCCGAAGAAUUCAACACCGCCUCCCGCAGCAUCAAACCCGGCCUAAUCGCCUCCGGAAUAGUGUCCUCCUGGACCUGGUCCGCCACCCUCCUCACAAGCAGUACAUUCGCCUACAGCUACGGCAUUUCCGGUCCGAUGUGGUACGGUUGCGCCGGAACCUUCAUGAUUCUCGCUUUUGCUCUAAUUUCCAUAAAAAUCAAAUCCAACUUCCCCGGCGCGCACACUUUCCCAGAAAUUGUACUCGCGAAACAUGGAUACGUGGCGCAUGGGAUAUAUUUAUUUUUUGGCAUCGCGACGAAUAUGUUGGUGGGUGCGUGUUUGGUGUUGGGGGGAAGUCAGGUGGUGGCUGCCAUGACGGACAUGUCGGUGUAUGCGGCGUGUUUUUUGAUUCCCGUGGUGGUGGCGGCAUAUGUGAUUGUGGGGGGGUUGAGAUCGACGUUUAUUGCGGAUUAUAUUCAUACGGUGGUGUUGUUUGUGGUGAUUUUUGUGUUUGGGUUUUUAAUGUAUGCGACGAGUGAAGAGGUGGGCUCGCCGAGUCGGUAUUAUGAUUUGUUGGUGGAGGCGGCAGAGACGAUGCCUAUCCAGUCGAAUGCGGGAGGAGGGUCGUAUUUGACGUUUCGGUCGGUGGAUGGGUUGGUUUUCGCCAUGUGUUUGUUUGCGAGUGGAUUUACGACCGUUUGGCUCGAUCAGGCGUAUUGGCAACGCGCCAUUGCUUCGAGACCGGAGACGAGUGUGCAAGCGUAUAUCCUGGGAGGUAUGGCUUGGUAUGGCAUUCCAUUCGGUUUCGCAACAGCAAUGGGCUUAGGAUGUGCAGCUCUCACCAGCAAUCCAAACUUCCCAACCUAUCCCCACCCCCUUUCCGCCGAGCAAAACGCAGCAGGUCUCUCCGCGCCAGCAACAGCAAUCGCGCUUCUCGGAAAAGGGGGAGCAGUUCUCAUGCUCAUCUUGCUCUUCAUGGCCGUGACGUCCAGCACGUCUGCAGAGUUGAUUGCCGUCUCAUCACUGCUCACCUUUGACGUGUACAAGACAUAUAUCUCUCCCAACGCACCAUCGAGGAAGCUGGUUCAAGUCUCGCAUUACGGUAUCGUCAUCUAUGCGCUCGCUCUGGCAGCCUUUUGUUCGGUUCUCAACAAAGUCGGUCUCAACUUGACCUGGCUCUUGACAGUCCUCGCAACCAUUGUCGGUGGAGGAGCCUGGCCCGUGGGUUUAGUCCUGCUCUGGUCCAAAAUGUCAACGGCUGCAGUCAUCCACGCACCCUGGAUCGGACUGGUCUCUGGUCUGUUAGCAUGGUUCAUCACAACGUGGAAGCGAACGGGCGAGAUCACCAUUGCAAGUACAGGAGAGCCCCGGAAUGGCUUGGCGGGAAAUCUGUGCUCGUGCUGGGUGCCUUUGCUUGCAGCUGUAGCUCUGUCGUAUGCCUUCCCUUCCAAGUACACUACCACAGACGCAAGGCAAAUCGAGAGAGCGAAUAGGAUCAGAGGCAUUGCAUCUCUGCAGGGUGUGAGCCCUCCUCAGGAACACUCUCCAACUACUUCUACUACUGUUCAUGUUGACCCGGAGAAGAAGAACGUGGUACAUCAACAACAACAUGAUGAAAGUGAUACUCGAAACACAUCCCAGUCUGGCGCAGUCGUCCUUACUGGAAAUGAGCUCGUGGACUUUCUCGAAAACACAAACAUAGAGCCAAUGGACUCGGAAGCUGUCAGGAGAGGAACCAUUAUUGCAUGGACUGCAAAUGUCGUCUUUGACCUCUUCGCAUACAUUCUGGUGCCAUUUACUCUGUUCGGUACUGGCUAUGUCUUUAGCCGAACCUUCUUUACGGGAUGGGUGGUGGUAUCCUUCAUAUGGGUAUGGGUGAGCAUGGUGAUUUGCGUCAUUUACCCAGUCGUAGAGAGCAGAAGUGCGCUCAAGGAGCUGUCCUCUGGUGUGUGGGGCGACAUCAAGUCCUUGCUGGGAGGGAAGAAGGCUAGAGCUGCUAGUGAUGAGAUGACUGGCUCAUGAGGACCGCUUCGAUGCAGCGCAGCGUUCAGAAUAUGACUAGUGUUGACAACUGUUGUCGGUGUACGCGACCAGUGGUGAGUCAGAAUGUGCUUACAGAGACGCAGACCUGUGGCUGGUCUUCACUCUUUGAUAAAUCAAUAGAAGGAAUUGGUCAUGCAACAGGUACUUUCAGGUUCCCAUCGCUUGGUCAACAGGGCACAGCUGCGUCUAUUAAUUCCUUGCUGACAACCGCAUCCUAGCUACGAUAGACCUCCACACCAAAUGAUGGCCAAUAUAGGUAUGCCGUACCCCGAAGGAUGCAGCCACUUUCUCACGCUGGGGCGGAGAUCCGAUAUAUUGAACUUGGUGUAACGAGACGUCAUCGAAUUGACAGCCAUGAUUAACAAUUAUCGCGUACCCCUGAUCUCGCGCGUCUGGGACGAUUUCGUACAUGCAGAUAGAAGAAAAGAACAGGAUCCUUCCUUCCAUGCACCGUGUGCUCAUGCAAGGAAUAUCGAGCAGCAUGACAGGCUGUUAUCGUCGCUCGCUAUGCAGAAGAGAGUCUUCCUUCUCAUCCGAGCCGAACCGGCAUGUCGGUGACUACAUGUAUUGGACCUAUGGCCCAGCGACACGUUUUGAGCAGAAGGCGAGGAGCGAGCGCGUACAGAAUAUGUUGGCGAGAAUCGGUCCAAGGCGACCAUGUGCUUGGAUGAAGUCAUGAUCUCAACUCGCCAGAUCCCUGUUGCAUGUCUGUUUCCAAUAUCCGAUUAGUGGGCGAUUUGAUAGGCAGCUUAGAAAUUAUCAGCGUACCCGAUACGCCCCACUGCAUUGCAACAAUAUCUUCUUCCGACGGCAGCUUCGCUAGAGACGGGCUCUUCGUAGUGGGUGUUGAGAGAGAGAGAGAGUGUGUGUGUGUGGUGAUCCCAGACGGCAGAAUGGAACUGCCAACACAAAAGUUCCUCAUCUAAAUUCGCCGGGACUGACAUCCAGAUGCUUUUGCGCGUACGCCAGCACAUCACUCCUCAUAUCCAGCUUCGUGAAUCCGGGAACUUCCAGUCCUUGAAUCUCGCCCUGGAUGGCUGUAGAGACCAUGAAGCUCUCCUCAAAGGCCUGGAUUUUCAUCUUCACGUCCAAAACUUCUUGCCCAUUCAUAUGCACCUCCACGUCGUCGACCUCUUCACCCCACUGACCAUGCGUAUUGCAUCGAGCCACCGUAGCAGGCUUCGGUGACCGAACAUUGAGAAACUCGAGCUGCUUCAGCCACGGUGCAAGAAGAGCUUCGCCAGCGAGCUUGAUGUAGGCCUCUUUGUAGCAGAAAAAGGUGUAGAAUCUUCUCAGCUUCGCAUCGACCAGUAAAUCGGAAUUGAACGUCACAUCUCGUCCCGAGGGAGUGGUCAAGGUGAUUUGCUUAUUCCGCCGGAGUUCUCGAUCGUACCUCCCAAUCUCUGAAGCGGUCAAAUGCGUGCCAUCGAGUAGAGUGAUGUAGUCGACAUCAAACUUCAUGGUCCAGCGCUCUUCAUCGGAGAAGACAAAGUCGUAGAUGUCGACCCAGCCAUCGAGACCCUCUUGAUCGAUGGUCCGGUAAUCAUCUCGUUCGUUCACACAGACAAUGUCUACGCCCACCAUGACAUUCGGCUCCAGUUGGGAGUGGGAUGACAUGAAGCCCUCUAUACUUCCACUCGGAGUGUACCUGUGCCUCUUCUUCCCGUUCCAGCCGAUCAAGGUGACGAGGCCCGCUUGAUGCGAGACAUUGAAGUCGAUGCCUUCAAUCGGGCGGCCUACAGCGUCCACGGCGCAGGGCUUGCCGUGCUUGGGAUCGGUCUUGCGCGCCAGGCGGACCGCACUCCACGGAAUGUCCAAGGCUUGACUGAUGAACAGCCUCUUCAGCAGGGCCGAGCCCAGCGACAUUUUCGCAUCUUGUAUAAACAUCUUCCCACUGAUGGUCUUUUGCUCGGACAUGGAGAUCAAGCUCAUGGCCUCAGCGGCACCCGGGGCCGACCAGAUGUUCUGGCCGGGCCAUAGCGAUCGCGUGUCGAGGAACCAACAUGUGAUUUCGCCCUUGGAUCCGGCAGCGGAGUCGAGGUGGGCAGAAUGGGCG